GGCUCCGCUGCCCCUCCCUGGGAAGGACCCGCGCCCAGCUCCGUGAGCGGCAGCGAGUGGGGUCGGGGGACAGGGGCUCCUCGGGGCUCGGUGCGGUCACAAACCCCGCCAGGCGCGGAACUACCGAGCGAAUUAAUGAGCUGUCCCUCCGUGUGCGCCGGGGAAGAGGCCGGGAGGGAUUUGAGCCGUGCGGUUUCCCCACCGCACGGCCUUUACAGGCGCGGGGAAAUUCCGAGCUCGCUGGGGAAGCAGCGGCCGCUCCGCUCGCGUUCACGGGUUCGUGAAUGUCGGGCUCGGCCUGGCUCCAGUACACAGUUGUGAAAUAUCUUUGCACUCAAGGAAUACACAGAAUGUGCCUGCUAGAAGGGAGCACAGACAUGUUUUUCUGCGGUCCGAAAACGCUAAGCAGGCUUUGCGUGGCCUUGUACGGACCCUCCAUGUGCCACAACUAACUGCAGUCCAGCAGGUUCCAGCCUUGCAGCUUGCCAGAAAUCAAUAGGACUGCUGAAGGAGUUUCCUCACCUCUGUAUCCUGCAUUGCGAUGAGAGUUUGCAAUGGACCGAGAUUCACACUGCACAGCAGAAAAGGAACUGUUGGAAGCUGUAAGCAGAAUUACUACAUUUUCUACCACAAGCAGAAUUACAACAUUUUCUACCACAAGCCCAUCUGAUAAAGAAGAAAAUCAACCCAAAGCCGAAAUUUCAUGUCAACUGAGAAAAGAAAACUCAGAAAAAGAUGACUUGCAAGAUUCCAGUUCUACCCUAAGUCCCCACUCUUCGAUGACCACUAAGGAGCUUCAGGAAUAUUGGAGGAAUGAAAAAAGCCAGUGCAGACAAGUCAAACUCCUUUUUGAAAUCCCAUCAGCCAGAAUUGUAGAGCACCACUUAUCUAAAUAUGUGACGUAUAAAAUCAUCAUUCUGCAAACAGGGAGUUUUGACAGCAACAAGUCUGUAAUCGAACGACGUUAUUCGGAUUUUGAGAAACUGCACCGAAAUCUGCUGGAGGAAUUUAGUGAAGAAAUGGAAGAUGUGACCUUUCCCAAAAAAGCCCUAAAGGGGAACUUCACAGAAGAAAUAAUCAAUGAGAGAAAAUUAGCCUUCAAGGACUACCUGAGACUUCUGUAUUCUAUGAAAUGUAUCCGAAGAUCAAAGAAAUUUAUUGACUUUCUAACAAGGCCAGAGCUUCAGGAAGCGUAUGGUUGCUUGCGGGGUGGCCAGUACACCAAAGCUUUGGAAAUCCUUUUGGAAGUCAUCGGUCUGCAGGAAAGGCUGACAAGAGGCAACCCUGUCUCAAUUGUCCCUACUCUCUGUGCUAUCGUGGUGUGCCACAAGGACCUGGAAAACCCAGCAAGUGCCUUUGAAUAUGGAGAAAAAGCUCUAUCACGCCUUCGUGUGCAUUCCAGCCACAGGUAUUAUAUCCCCUUGUUAGAAACAAUGAUCACUCUGGCCUAUGAACUUGGCAAGGAUUUUCUGUCUUUGCAAGAAAAACUGGAAGAAUGGAAGACAAAGAAAGAUCCCAUACGGGUUUUUACCCUGAAAGAACUUGCAGUUCGGGAGUACGUACAAUGAACGCAAAAAAACAUUUCAUCAAAGAGCAAACUCCUGAAGGAGUAAGAACUGAAAAUUUCCAGUUUGGCAAACAUAGCAUUGUAUUAAUUGAAAAAAAAAUUAAAUUAAAUAUCUUCCAUGUUCAAAAGGGACAUUAGCAUCUAUGUUGGAAAAUAUUACAUUUUCUCUGCAGAUAUGAGGAGCACCUGAGGAGCACCUUAAGUUUUUUGAAAGAAAUUUGCAGGAAAAUAAUCAUUUAUGUUUUGCUUAUUUUGAAUGUAGCUUAUUUUCAGUGAAAAGUCAGAAUAAAAAAUUACAAUGA